CUCUGAAAGAUGGGAGUGUAGGGCGAGAGAGAGAAAGACAGAGAGAGAGAGAGAAUGCCAUACAUAACACGGCCAUUGCGACAAUCGGAUUACAAUCUGUUUCCUCCAGACACUCCAAUCGUCAUCGACAACGGCGCCUCCAACUUCCGAAUCGGAUGGGCCGGAGAGUCCGAUCCCCGCCUCGGCUUCCGCAACGUCGUCCAGCGUCCUCGCCACAAAGCAACUGGUGAAACUGUCACCAUUGUUGGCGAUCAUGAUCCUACAUUAAUGAAAUAUUUCGAUUGCACACGAUCUUCACAUCGUUCUGCCUUUGACAGCAAUGUUGUUUAUCAAUUCGAAAUAAUGGAAUACAUUCUUGACUUUGGAUUUGAACGUAUGGGUGCAGAUGGUUCAGAGGUGGACCAUCCCAUCCUGAUUACAGAGUGUGCCUGCAAUCCAAUUCAGUCUCGUAGCAAAAUGGCAGAAAUUCUCUUUGAGACAUAUGGUGUACCAUCACUGGCUUUUGGUGUUGAUGCUGCAUUCAGCUACAAGUACAAUCAACAACUCGGACUGUGCUAUAAUGAUGGUCUUGCUGUAUGCUCAGGAUUCACAACCAGUCAUGUUAUCCCAUUCAUUUAUGGGGAACCUGUUAUUGAAGCAUGCUGCAGAACUAACAUUGGCGGAUAUCAUGUCACUGACUAUUUGAAGCAGCUUCUUUCACUUAAAUACCCACAUCACAUGACUAGCAUUACAUGGGAUAAGGUUGAAGACCUGAAGAUGGAGCACUGUUAUAUAGCUCCGGAUUAUGCUUCAGAACUGCAAUUGUUUCAGAAAGGGUCGAAGGAAGCUGAAGAGAAAACUAGGUGCUGGCAGCUCCCAUGGAUCCCUCCUCCCCAAGAAGAAGCACCGUCGGAAGAAGAAGUUGCAAGGAAGGCAGCUAUAAGGGAAAGACAAGGCCAACGGCUGCGUGAAAUGGCUGCAGCAAAGAGGACUUCAAGAAUUACAGAGCUUGAAAAUGAACUUCAGGGCUUGGAAUUUCUUCUGCAGCAGCUGGAGCAUGUGGCAGAGCAUGAGAUUUCAUCUUUUCUAGCUGUAACUGGCUAUAUCUCCAGGCAAGAAAUAGAGUCUGCUGUGGUAAGAGUUACACAAUCACUACGGAAAGCAAAGGGUGAACCACUCGAAAUUGAUGAGAAAGUUGAGUCUCCAUCAGCCGAGAAGUUUCAGCUGCUUGGUGUUCCCGACAACAUGCUCACGCCUGAGCAGCUAAAGGAAAAGAGGAAGCAGACGUUUCUCAAGACAUCCUCUGAGGGCCGGCAGCGUGCGAAACAGAAACGAUUUGAAGAAGAAUUAGAAAGGGAAAGGCAAAAUCAGCAGGAUGAGGAAAAACGGUUAGAGAAUCCUGAGCGAUAUUUAGAACAGCUACGUGCCAAACAUAGAGAGCUCUCUGAAAAAGUUGAGCAGCGGAAACGACUGAAGACAAACGGCGGCCGUACUAAUGGGAACCAAAAUCUGUCGGGUGGUGUGGGCCGUGGCGAGCGGUUGAAUGCUGCCCAGAAAGAAAGGAUGCGCCUCUUGACGACAGCAGCAUUUGAUAGAGGGAAGGGUGAGGACACUUUUGGGGCUAGAGAUGAAGAUUGGCAACUCUACAAACUGAUGAGCAAAGAUGAUGAUGAUGACGAUGAUGGGCUGGAUGAGGAUGAGGCAGAACUUUCUCGUAUCAGUACUCGGCUCCAGGACAUAGACCCAACUUUUGUUCCAAAAUUAGACAUUGGACCUUUUCAAACUGUCUCGGAUCUGCCACGGUUCCGUCCUCUCACAGCCGAAGAUUUCCAGAUUGUGCUUGGGGUUGAAAGGUUCAGGUGCCCCGAAAUCCUCUUUCAGCCAAACAUGGUCGGCGUUGACCAGGCAGGCCUUGACGAGAUGGCAGGUAUCUCCAUAAGGAGAUUGCCCAUGAAGGAUGAUUCUAUUGAGGAGAGGAUCACCAAUUCGAUCCUUAUGACUGGUGGGAGCUGUCUGUUUCCUGGCAUGGAUGCACGUUUGGAAGCUGGGAUUCGGAAAAUACGCCCGUUCCAGUCACCUAUAAGAGUAAUCAGAGCAUCUGAUCCCAUUCUGGAUGCAUGGCGGGGUGCGGCUGCUUGUGCUGCUGCGAUUGGAUUCUCCAAGCAAACCUUUAGCAGGCAGGAUUAUUACGAGAAAGGUGAGGAUUGGCUACGGAGAUAUCGACUGAGGUAUUCUCUAUAAUUGGAAUAUCAUAUGCUUAAACCACAUAACUGUUGCUAUUAGAAUUUAGACAUGACGGUAGAUAACCAAGAAGUUAGAAAAAUGAGUAAAAUCCUCC